GAGAGAGAGAGAGAGAAUAACAUAAUCUAUAUGUCAACCCACGAACACCCUUUUGUUGCACUUAAUUCCUCAAAUCAAAUGUGGCUGAUUUCUGCUUCAUGGAUCCUUUUUUCGGCUUCUUUUUUCAGCUUUCUUCCUCAAAAACACAAUCCCUAUCUCUUUAAUAUGUAAGACUAACUCCUGCUGCAACUGUUUUUACUUCCUCUUGUUAUCACUCCGAUUUUUUCUCAUUUCUAUAACCUUUCUUUUUCUUGACUCUCUUCUCCAUUGAAAAGCUAAAGAAAAAGAGAAGAUUUUUACUACUAGAGAUGGGAAAGGAAUGGUAUUGGGUUGCUGGAAAAUCCUCCAAGAUAGGAGGAGUUGGAGGAGGAGGAAGACUAGAUAAAGACAGGGCAACCAAUUUUUCUGGUUGCAUGUGUUCUGUCUUUCAGUUAUUUGAUUUCCAUCAAUUCCAGUUUCCUUCGCACCAGCAGCAGCCUUCAUUAAAGCCCGAAUCUUUCCUUUCUCAGCCAGAGCCUGAGCCUGAGCCUGAGCUCCCAAUCUCCAAAGGUGCCGAAGCACCAAGGAAUAGCUUGGAAUCAGACGAACCUUCAUCGCCAACGAUUGAAGCAGAAGAUAAAAGUUUAAAUAUCCCAAUGGGUAUUCAAAUUAAAACAAAUGUAGAUGGAAAUUCAAGUGUACAAGGAGCUCCAAAAGAUUCUUCUUCUUCAGAAAUCAGCUCUUCCCCAAGUACCAAGACCCCAAAUUUGGUUGCUAGACUCAUGGGUCUUGAUCUUCUUCCUGAUCAAAGCUACUCUCCAACAUUUUCUUCAUCAACUCUUGGGACACCAAAUCCUCGAGGGAAGUAUCAUUUACACCACCAUUUUCGACAUCGACAGUUUCUACAAAGCAAACCAAGUAGCCACAGAAGUGGUUUGGACAGUGAUUUUUCCGGUGCUCUUUCUUUGCCGGAGACUCCGAGAAUAUCAUCAGCUAGAAGAUCAGAUGUGGAACACCGUUUAUCGCUUCAAAUCAACAAAGAAAACCUGAGCCCUAACGAAGAACUGGUUCUCUCUCGUAUCUCAUCGUUGAAACGAAAAGAACUUAAAACUGAAGACGAGAAUAGAAGUCCAGGCCACUAUGCCAGACAAAUUGUGAAGCAGGUCAAAGAAAGCGUUAGCAGGAAAGUUGGGUUGGAAAUUACAAACACUGUAAAAAACAGAGAGCGAGCAAGCGGAGAUGAGCUUGUUAUCCAAUUGAAGUCCAAGAAAAUGAGCAAGGUUCUAACCAAAGUCAAUGAUGGUUCAAGUCCAGGCCAGCACUCAACAGCUUCUUGCUCACCAAGACUCAAAUUCUUGGAACCGAGGAACAGGCCAAUCUUUGGUGUACCGUCCGCCAAGGAAUACAGUAUUUCUCAAUCUCUAAAACCAUCAAUUUCAGCACAUUCACUGGUCAAUACCAAAGCUCCAACAAAGCCUAAGUUGCGGCCGAUGCAACAGCAAAAGUACCAUCACCACCAUCGACGGAGACCUAUCAAGAAGUGUAAGAAAGUUGCUGAGGAGAGGUUUGGUCCACCACUUAGUCUCACGAAACCUCCGCAAAGUUCGGAUGCUAUACGAAAAAAGCGGGAAGAAUCAUUUGUGCGUCCAGCAGUAGCAACCGUAGAAAACAUUCCUGACGAGAAUUGCAAGAAAACCCCGUUAUCAAAUGACCUGCUCAACGCUACCUUCCCUACCCUCCUUCCAGUCAGGAAUGAUCCUACUCUUCCAGCCACAAAGAUUCCUCAAAAACCGGCACCAAAUGCUCAAGAAUCGAAACGUAUCUCCCCCUUAUCUAGUUGUUCGAGCCAUUCGUACAAACAACAAGAAGCGCCCAAUGCCCGAGGAAGCAACGAAAAGUGCAACAACGGGGACAGGUCUAACGGCGCAGCUGCCACCACCAAAGAUAGAGCAGCAGCAGAAUACGAGUACAUCACUAGAAUACUAAGACGUACUGGCAUAGAUAAGGAUACCCCAGUGUCGUUUACUAGGUGGUUCUCUCCAUCCCAUCCUUUAGAACCUUCAAUUUUUUACUAUCUUGAUCUUGAUUACUUCACCGCUACUUCCCCUGCCUCCACCAGCAGUGAAAGGUACGCAUAUGGUCAACUCAGCCAUAGGUGUAAUAGAAAGUUACUGUUUGACCUUGUGGAUGAAAUAUUGGCGGAGAUUUUAAAGCCUUACAAGAACUUGAAGCCUUGGGCUACCUCAUCAUCAGGCAGUAGAGGUGGUAGAGAAGACGCGCAGGGCUCACAUUUAAUUGAUAUGUUAUAUUCUAAAGUUAGAAGCUUCCCCUGCGCUGAUUGUCGCGUUCUUGAAGACAUUGAUGCAUUAGUAGACAAAGACAUGCCACUGUUGAAGCUGCAGACCGAGGUGGCCUUUGGUGACGAAGGAGAAGGGAUUGUCACGGAGAUAGAGAAGUAUAUAUUGGACUCGAUAAUACAUGAAACGGCUGCGUUUUUUUGUGAUGAUGAGCUGAGGGAGUAGUAGUAUUAAAACGACAUGGCGUUUUCUAGACUGAGACAGUUUAAAAGACACGGGAAACUCGCGUGAAGAGAUGCUAUUCGUUGGAGUAGCUAAUAAUAUCUCCUUUGUAAAGAGGGUUUGAGUCCCACUUCUGAAUAUUAUACAGUAAUUUAAUUCUUUUUAAUCUUUAAA